GCCGAUCAGAUCAACUCGAUCAUCCCGAUCACCCAAAUUCCCCGAUCAGGCCCGACCAUGCUCGACUAAAGGCGAAUACACGACUUCUUCUCGACCUCUUGUCGAUCACACACGAUUUCCACACGAUUAUUCACGACUCCUUCACGACGUCAACCCGACCACCUUUCCGAUUUCCGCUCGAUCAUCCCGACCUUUACACGAUCCCUACACGAUCUCAACUCGACCUACUGGAUCUCUGCUCGAUCGGUGUCAGAUCUUUCCCCGACCCGAUCGUCAUAGUCGUACUCGAGUCGUAGAAGGUCGUGAACAGUCGUGUACCAAAACUUUUAGAAUAAAAACUUCAAACAGUGUUGAUCAUUAUCACUUCAUCCUGAAACUUCAUGGUAUAUGUUGUGUCCAGCAUAGUAUACAUAUUUAUGGAGAUUGAGCAGUUGCAGAUGUGGGCCAGAUGGUUAGAGCUCCAGAGAGACAGGGCCAUUGCAGUGCUAGAGUUGGAACAAGAGGAAGAGGCUGAGGGUCGUAGGCAUAGACGUAGGCGACAAAUGCGCAGGAAAAUAUGGAUGAAGCAGUGGCUUGCACGACGACCCCUGUAUGGGCAUUAUGAGCAACUGCUACAGGAGCUAAACAGGGAAGACCCAAAAGGAUACAAAAAUUUCCUAAGGGUAGACGCUGAUAUGUUUGGGGAGCUUGUUGAUCGCAUAUCACCCAGAAUUCAGAAAAAGAACACCAACUUCAGGGAAGCCCUGGAGCCUGGAUUGAAGUUGGCGGUCACUCUUCGUCAUCUCGCAACUGGAGCCUCGUAUUCAGACUUGAUGUACUCAUUCCGAGUGGGAAGUAACACAAUAAGUAAAUUCGUCCCUGAAGUUUUGGAUGCUAUAAUACAGGAGUACUCUGAAGAGGUUUUGCCAGACGUCGUCACUGCUGAACAAUGGCAGCAGAUUGCAGAUGACUUCCGAACCAAGUGGAAUUUUCCUCAUGUCUGCGGGGCUCUUGAUGGUAAGCACGUGAGGAUAAAGAACCCGAAGAACUCUGGAUCUCUGUUCUAUAACUAUAAAGGCUUCUUUUCCAUAAUACUACUCGCACUCGUAGACGCAAACUACAAAUUCAUCUGGGUAAGCGUUGGUGCUAAUGGCAGUGCAUCCGAUGCCCAGCUAUUCAAUAACACUGAACUCAGAACCAUGCUAGAAGAAAACAACCUUGGUUUGCCUGACCCUGAUCCACUGCCUGGCGAUGACAUGAACACCCCAUACUUCCUCAUUGGAGAUGACGCCUUCCCGUUGAGAACUUGGAUGAUGAAGCCAUACUCCAGACGCAACUUGACCAACGAGGAGCGCAUAUUCAAUUACAGGUUGUCCAGGGCUAGACGAGUGGUAGAAAACGCCUUCGGUCUUCUCGCUAUGCGGUUUCAGUGCCUACUUGGCUGCUUGAACCAGAUGCCCGAAACCGUUGACUUGAUUAUUCUUGCAUGUGUCACACUGCAUAACCUUAUCAGCAUACGGUACCCUGCCAUUGCAAGACUGGCCGUCGACCAAGAGGACGAGCAUAACCAAUUAGUACCUGGUGAAUGGCGCCAAGGAAGACAGUUGGCUGAUGGUGAUCGGACCCAUGGAAGAAAUGUGGUGACAUCCGCUGGGGUCAGUCAGAGGAACUACAUUAAACACUACUUCAACUCCCGAGCUGGUUCAGUUGAGUGGCAACAGAAUAUGAUUUAG